UAAAAAGAAAAUGAAAAAAGAUAAUUAACCAAGACGCGUCUCUUAAUUAGGUUCGGAAAGGCACGGUUCUUAGCGGGGUAUGUGGCACAAUAGUAUUGGCUCUUCUUUCUUUCUCUCUUUCGGUCAUUUCUCUCUCUCGACGGUUGAAUGCACGAAGCCUCUCUCUCGGUUGAUCUUCUCAAGGAUUCAACAACUCCGACUCUCUCUAUUGCUCUCAACGAUGAUGAAUCACUCUACCUCUCUCAGUGUGGCUCUCAUCGACCAAGAAUGACUCCGCCCCUCUCUCAGUGGCUCUUGUUGGUUAAUGGAAUCGAAAGAGAUGGGUUAAAUCCGAGUAGAAGAAAGAUGAGAACUCUGCUGGAGAGUGGAAUCACACGUCAGAAAAUUGCGACUGAUGACGCUAACGAUAAAGGUAUCAGAUUUUUAUGCCAUUUCAGCUGAAUUCAGUAACAAGGACAAAACUUUAGUCUUCCAAUUCUCAGUCAAGCACGAGCAAAAGCUUGACUGUGGUGGUGGUGGCUACAUGAAGCUGCUCAUUGGUCAUGUUGACAAGAAGAAGUUUGGUGGAGACACCCCAUACAUGUGGAUUUCCUAUCUCGUCUUGUUUUCUAAGUCACCAUAAUCAUCUCAACAUUAUCAUCAAUAGACAACUAUAUUUGAAAAACAAAUCGUUAUUUGUUUUGGCUUUUUUCUAUAUAAUUUUUGUAAGAACCCUUAAUUGAGUUCUACCAUUGGAACAUUCAAAAUCAUUGUUUCUUAACAAAAGUUCUUAACUUAAAUUUAUUACUUAUAUAUUCAUUAAGAACCCAUUUAGGGGUUCCCCUA